AUGGAUCAAAGUGAGAGAGAGAAGCGAGAUAAUGGCGGUGAAAAGAUGAAGCGAGAGAGAUUCACCUAUCAGGGAGAGAGAUCCAACGGUGAGAGGAGAGAUGCGGGAGAGAGAGAGAGGCGGAGAAGGAAGAGGAGGCGGUGGUUAUUGGCGACGGAGAGGAGGCGGUGGUUAUUGGCGACGGAGAGGCGGCAAAGGUUAACGGCGAGUGGCUUCAUAGUCUCCGGAAGGAAAUGUUGGAGAAGAAGAGAGAAGCGUCGCCGAAGGUUAGAGAGGCGAGAAGAAUCGGCGAAGGUUCACGGAGAGUGA